CGGGUUUUCGCGUUUUCGAUGACGACAAUCAACUUCCAUCUACGAAUUGCUUAUACAGCCUAACUAGGGACAGGAAUCCUGGCGUUUUGUCGAGGCGUCCGGCUCUUAUUAAUCUUAUAAUUCCCUAAUGUAUUUGUCACCACAGUUAAGAUGCCUCCCUACGUGCCGCGCAAACGAGUGCGUACUCCGUCACCAGAUAAUGAUGGUCAGGCUACGAAGAAGCCCAAUAAGGGCAAGGGGAAAGCCACCCCGGUAGCAUCUACGCGGACUACACGGACUCGAAAGGCUACGCUGUUCGAAGAUUUAGACUCCGGCUCUAAUAGAGGUUCCGCUGAGAAAACUAAAUCAGCAGUACAGCAGAUGCAUGAUGACACUGACGAUAGCUCUCUCAGUUCCCUCUCAGAUGCCGAUUUCGAGGACGUACCAACUGCCAAGCGACAGAAGGUAAACCAUGAUUCGGAAGAAUCGGAGGACGAGGACAUGGAAUUCGAAGAUGUUCCAUCCCAUGAACCCCAGCAACCCGAGCCUGAGCCCGAGAUAGGUGAUCUUGAGUUGACAUUACAUCAAUCCGGUCAUGUUCCUUUAGUCAGCGAACUAGGCAAAAAGGGUGCUUCGAAAAAAGAGAAGGCCCUCCGCAUUUCAACUCACUGUAUGCAUGUUCAACUUCUGUUAUGGCACAACGCGGUCCGCAAUUCCUGGCUAUGCGAUAAGGAGGUUCAAGCUAUAAUGAUUUCGCACUUGCCACCAAGACUUUGGGAAGAAGUUGAUCGUUGGAGACGAAAUAGUGGUUUAGACAUCCCCGAGGAGGCUCCUAAGAAGAAAUCCACGAGGAGCAGAACGAGUGCGAGGGGAAAAGGCAAACAGCGCGCCGCUUCGGGAUCGGCAAGAGAUUGGGGUGAUGCGGCAGACCGACUCGAAAAGGGAGUUCCUGAUAUGAGCCAUGGCGACCCUUUAUUUAGGCUUAUGAAGUGCCUCGUUUCGUGGUGGAAACAACGGUUUCGAAUAACUGCUCCUGGCUUGCGGAAGUGGGGUUACAUGAGUGCGAGAAGGCUGGGCAAGUUAAGAUCUAGCUUCGAAACGGAAGACCAUGAUCCAGAACGCUUUGGUGAACGAAUCAAGGAUCUUGAAGAGUUCAGACAACGCGCUCAGGACUGCUUUGGUAGUCGCGAUCUCGGAUCUCAACUAUUCACGGCACUAUUACGUGGCCUUGGACUUGAAGCGCGGAUGGUAGCAAAUCUCCAGGCACUUGGAUUUGGGUGGAGUAGGGUCGAGGAAGCAGACGACGAAAAUGCUGCUUCAGGAGCGCAGACAGAUCCUAAAAAGCCUACCGGAUCGACUUCAAAGAAGCCAAAUGGAAAGAAGAAAAGCCCUGUAAAGCCAACAACUCGUCGGGCCAAGAAAACCGACAAGAACGCCUUGAAAAUGGAGCUAGAUGAUUCGGAUGAGUAUGGAGAGCCUCUUACAGACGAGAGCGACGACUCGUCAAUAGUUGACGUUACGGGUACCAUUCGUCCAAAACGAGCAGAAUCAAAAGCCUAUGACAAGGACCUUGAGUUUCCCCACUAUUGGACUGAGGUCUUGUCGCCGGUGACGAAGAAAUUUCUUCCGGUAGACCCAAUUGUGAAGGCAAUUGUAGCUACUAGUAGAGAUCUCGUUGAAUCUCUAGAGCCACGAGGAGGUAAGGCUGAUAAAGCGAAACAAGUCAUGGCUUACUGUAUUGGAUUCUCCGAAGAUGGCACUGCCAAGGACGUGACGGUUCGCUACCUCAAGAAGAAUAUUUUCCCCGGUAAAACGAAGGGAUUCAGAAUGCCCGAAGAGAAGAUACCCGUGUACAACAAGCAUGGCAAGGUGAAGAGAUAUGAUCUGUUUGAUUGGUUCAGAUCAGUCAUGCGAGGGUACAUCAGGGGCGACAAGAAACAUCCGAUAACAGAAGUAGAUGAGGAAGAAGACUCGACCGAUCUCAAGCCGGCAAAGCCAGAGAAGAAAGAGGUCAAGGAAGGAGAAGAGACGCUUCAAUACUACAAGACUUCUAAAGAAUACGUCCUAAAACGUCAUCUCAAGCGAGAGGAGGCUCUACUUCCCGAUGCAGUCCCCGUCAAAGUGUUUCAGGUUAAAGGAAAGGCAUCUAAAGUUGAAGAGGAAGAUGUAUAUCUUCGCAAAGACGUGGUAGCGGUAAAGAGCGCAGAGACAUGGCAUAAGCAAGGACGUGCUCCGAUGGAUGGGGUCGAACCCUUGAAACACGCACCAUACCGAGCCGCGACAACUAAUAGACGGAGGGAAAUCGCCGAGGCUGAAGCUUUAACAGGCCGAAAGGUCAUGCAGCCCUUAUACAGUCUCGAGCAGACAGAUUGGAUAAUACCUCCCCCUAUCCAAAAUGGCGUUAUUCCAAAGAACGAAUAUGGGAAUAUCGACAUGUUCGUAGAACAUAUGUGCCCAGAGGGUGCUGUCCACGUCCCGUAUCGUGGUGUUGUCCGUGUCUGCAAACGACUCGAGAUCGAUUAUGCGGAGGCUGUGGUCGGCUUCGAGUUCGGUCACCGGAUGGCCGUUCCCGUCAUACAAGGCGUAGUCAUCGCCGAGGAGAACUAUGAGCGUGUAAUGGAGGAGCUCGAAAAAGACGAGGCAGAACGAGCGAGAAAGGAAGAUGAAAAACGGCGCAAGGAGGUACUGGCGAUGUGGCGAAAGUUCUUAAUGGGAUUGAGAAUCGCCGACAGGUUUAAGCUAGAUUACGGACACUUGGACGAGUCAGUGGAGGUAUUUGGUCACGACACGGGAAUCGACAAAGACUUUGAGGCUAUGCGCCAGAAGGAUGAGGAUAUGGCGGGUGGAUUCUUACCCGAAGGGUACGAAGAAGAGGAAACGACAGAAGUGAAGGAGGAUACCCGUCAAACCUCGGGAUUCUUCCCGGUUGCCACUAACGACGAAGAGGACGCUUCCGAUGACGGAAAUGAUCCCUUCGAAGUAGACUUUGGGAAAGAGGAAGCCGAAGUCCCUGCUGAUCCGUCCCCUGAGCAGGAAAUUCCAGCUAAUGCAGCUCCUAAGAAAGCAGCUCCAAAGCCCAAAGCCAAACCGAGGCAAUCCACGCGAAGACGGACUCGAAGAAAGCAAAUCACUUCUUCGGAGGACGACGAUGACGAUGAAGAUUUCAUGAACUCAGAUAGCGGUUAGUUUAAAAUAGUCGCACUACAACGAUUCGUCUUGAAUGAUGUUGUCUAGUGAGCGAAUACUAGUGGUCUUGGCCAUGGAAACUAACAGAGUUCCGCCCCUUGAUCAUGCUCCGUGCGCUUCAAACAAUCGACCAGUGGAUGCUGCCGCGAUCCAGAUUUAGAGUUGGGAUAGGCCCUCCAAAGGCAAUGACUCCCCCAAAG